AUGGGAUCAGAGCGGAUGGAGAUGCGAAAGAGGCAGAUGUCGGUGCAGCAGGAGUCGAUGGCGGGGGGCACUGCACCAGCCCAGCAGGGCCAGCCGGGCCAGGCCAACCCACGGGGCUCCAAUGCGUGUUGCUUCUGCUGGUGCUGCUGCUGUAGCUGCUCCUGGAAUGAAGACAGGGAAGAGAGGAACCGAAAGGCAUCUUAUGAUGUCAAGGAAGGAACUGCAGACUGUGAAGACACGCCCAAGCCCACGCUGGAGGAGGUGCACUCAUGGGGGCAGUCGUUUGACAAGCUGAUGUGCUGCCCGAGGGGACGGAACUCCUUCCGGCAGUUCCUCCGUACCGAAUUCAGCGAAGAGAACAUGCUCUUCUGGCUCGCCUGCGAGGAGUUUACUAAAGAGACCAACAAGAGUGUGAUCGAGGAGAAGGCCCGGAUCAUCUACGAAGACUACAUCUCCAUCCUCUCGCCUAAAGAGGUGAGCCUUGACUCCCGCGUGCGUGAGGUGAUCAACAGGAACAUGCUGGAGCCCAACUCGCAGACGUUUGACGACGCCCAGCUGCAGAUCUACACGCUCAUGCAAAGAGACUCAUAUCCCCGCUACAUGAACUCCCCAGCCUACAAAAAUCUGCUCAACAAUCUGUCGGAGCAGUCCCCCGAAUCCAAGGGGGGCGAUGACCUGUGA